GUCAAACAAACCAAACAGGGCAGGGAGGUGCUCCAGGCUGCUGCUGUGAGGGGCACUAGGGUGGGCUGUGUGGCACAAACAUGAUUCUCUCCUCUUUGCACCCACAGGCCGAUUCCCACACUUCAACAGCCUGUGCACACCUGUUUGAUCGCUUCCCCCCACCCUCAGGUCCUCGAAGAUGGCGAUGGCUCUGGCGGUAUUGCGGGACUGGUGCAGGUCGAUGGGCGUGAACGCUCAGCGAUCUCUGCUCAUCCUGGGAAUCCCAGAUGACUGCAAAGACCAGGAAUUCCAGGAGGCUGUGCAGGCUGCCCUGCGUUCCCUGGGCAGAUCUGAGGAGCUGGGCCACGGGGAAGGGUCCUCUGAGAGCUGGCUGGAGCAGGCCAGCCACACGCUGCACCUGUGGUGCCACGUGUCUGAGAGGGAGAGGAGGAGGAGGCUGGUGGAGAGCUUGCGCGGCCCCGCGCUGGACCUCCUGCGUGGCCUCCUGGCGGAAGAUCCCGAGCUGGCUGCCCAGGACUGCCUGGCCGCGCUGGUGCAGGUGUUUGGGAACAAGGACCCCCGGGGGAGUGCUCGGCUGAAGUUCGUGACCUGUGCCCAGCGGCCCCAGGAGACUCUCUCUGCGUACGUGAUGCGCCUGGAAGGCCUGCUGCAGUCGGCCCUGGAGAAGGGGGCCAUCCACCCGGCCAUGGCGGACCAGGCGCGCGCCCGGCAGGUGCUGACGCGGGCCCGGCUGAACGACACGCUCCGGGACACGCUGAGGAGGAGGCGGCUGAUGAGGAGGCCUCCCGGCUUUGCGGGGAUGCUGCGGCUCAUCCAGAAGACCGAGGCCUGGGACGCCGACCCGGCUAGCAGGGAGCACUUCCCAGGGCAGGAAGAGGCCCGUGUGGACGUUGCAGUCCUGGCAGCAGCCGCCCAGGCCGCCCCGGCCCAUGAGGCCAUCACCGCAGGCACCACUGCACAUGGCACCAAGGCCUCCCCGGCCGGUGAAGAUAUCACCGCGCAGGCCGCCCGUUCCAAGGAAGGGAGCGCCGAGGACCACCCGGCACGUGAGGAGGCCAGUGCGGCAGUUGCCGGCACUGCCAAGGCUGGCGAGGCGGCCCCUGAAGACCAUGGUGCCACCAGGGCAGCCCCUGAAGACCAUGGUGCCGCCAGGGCAGCCCCUGGCCCUGGGGAGACCAGCAAGGCGUCCGCGGCCACUCAGGAAGAUGGAAGUGCUGCCGCCCCUGCGGGCCUAGGUCAGGCAGGACCCUCAGAUGCCCCCGGAGUCCCCAUGCCUGGCCGGAUGGGCAGUGCUUCCCCGGUGGCCCCAGGAGGUCCUGGCUGGGAGCCAGAGGGCCUCGCCCAGGCAGAAGGCCAGGAGGCCGAGGAGACCCCCGAGGAGGGGCUCAAGCCCAUCCCAGAAGAGCCGGGAAAUGAGGACGGGGCUGCAGAGAUGAGCCCCCCGGUGUCCACCUCGGGCCAGUAGGCUCAGCAGGUCCCGGGGCCCCCAGGCUUGGAGGCAGGGGGAGGCCAGGCCUGGCAGCCUACUGGCCCCAUAUUAGGGGCCACUCAAGGUGCCUGGGCCUCCCUCCUGAGACGGGACCCCUAUUCAUCAUCCCCUGGGGCAGGUUGCUCCCUGUACUGGCAAGCCCAAAUGUGUCCCUGUAGGCCCCAGAGGAACCCAGGU